AACCGCAAUCCGCAUAAGAGAAAAGGUUAGAAAAAAAAAAGAAAAAAAAUUAGGAGAGCUCCUUCCCACUAAGGGUACUCCAUUCGGGGUCAUCGAAUGAGUAUUGCUCGCUACAACUUGGCAACGUCGCCCAUCUGGCGUUCACCUCAACAGGUUGGAGAGAGGUACACUAGGGGACGCUCGCUACACUAGGGACCGAUCGCUAAACUAAGGGCCGAUCGCUACACUAAGGGCCGAUCGCUGCACGUUUGCACGUGCCCACGCCUACACCUGCGCAGGCAUACACUUGUGCACACAGCGGAACGGCGUCGUCGCACGCAGAGCUGCCCUCCUCUCCACCCCCGCAUGAGCACGCAGAAGGGAGACGAGCAGAUGCGCGGGGAGGGGGUGCAGCCCAGGCCAGAGAAGAGGGAUGACGUGGCGGCACAAGCACAGGGGGGAGAGGCCGACCAAAACGACAGAAGCGGCAGAAGCGGCAAAAGCGACCAAGACGACCAAGACAGCGAUGCCUAUGCCAUCUUGGCCGACCAACCGGAAAAAGAAAAAAAAACACUCAAGGGGAAAAUAAUAGAAUUAGAAAAUACCAUAAACACAAAAAUUGUGCAGCUGCAAAAGGAGCUAAAUGAAACGAAGGAGAACCGACAGACACAAGACGACUUUAACUUCGCAGACAUCUUAAAAGAAUUUAAAGAAGAAAUAACUCAGAAGAUAAAUCAAGUGACCCAGGCAAUAGAAAAGAAGGUAGAGGAGCAAAAUUUAAAACAUGCCAAACUGUUUAGCAUCCUCGUUUCUCUUAAAAAUGAAAACUUUACCAUUAGCAAGUCGAUUUCUCUGCUGAACGAUAAGAUCCAUAUGAUCGAGGGGGAGAUAGGCGAGUGACUCCUAUAGGUGGGCGCACCAACAGGUACUUCCCAAUAGGUACUUCCCAACAGAUACUUCCCAACAGAUUCUUCUGCAUUUGUGUGUGGCAGUGGGGGGGGAAAAGAAACCCACCGCCGGGGACCCCCCAUUGCCAAUUUUUUUUUUUUUUAAGCCAACUCUUAACGGUGCAGAGCGGCGAUGUGGAGCAAC